AUGAGUCCAACCGAUGCCGAGGCCCGGCGUCGUGAGCGCGGUGUCAUUGCUCAGCGCGAGUACCGUAAGCGACACGCUUCCAAGGUUCAGAGGCUUGAAGACGAAAACAGAAAGCUCAAGGAUGCCAUCGCCGAGAUAAACAGGACACUAAAAGGGCGAGGGCACCUAUCAGACGAUUUGAAGGCCGCUCUUUCCCAUGCACGGGGCCUUGCCGAUAUCAGUGAAGAUGACGCCGUUGAGCAUGCCGGCGCCCAAGAUGUUGUUGAAGAAGAAGAAGAAGGACCACUACUGGACACCCUGGCCAGAACGCCAACACCGCCAUCACUAAACCGACCAACACUCGAGCCCCAAGGCUCAUCAAAAGAUUUCCCCAGCGGCAGACUGAGUCCCCGCCUAGACUACGGUCUCUGGCUAGACCCAGACCGCCUCAUCCGCGUCCUCGAACCCCCCAUCGACAUUGUCCCGUACCUGGGACCCGGCAUGCACACCCUCGCCGGCUGCAUCUUUUGGUCCACCAUGAACUACGCCGUCGAGCUCUGGGACGCCCGCCCCUCCAUGCCUGCGAUCAGGGCGCUGGACCGCGUGUUCAAUCAUUCCAAGCAUCUCUCGGACCGCAAGUACCUUCUCUCCCUCGCCCAGGCGCGGAUGGACUACAAGAACAAGGGCUACAUGUUCCGCAAGCUGUCGGACCAGUUUGCAGAGCAGGCCUGCGUAGAACUGGGCGAGCUCGUCAGGGAGGAUUACGAAAAGGGGGGGAGGCCGAAGGGCUUUUGGAAGACGCCAGAGGAGGUCGCGGGCAAUAUCCUCGGCCAGAUCACCACCGACCAAGCUGUGCGGCUCCAGGCCGUCGUGGAGGGAAAGGGUACGCCCAACGAUGGGGAGAUGAUGCAGGGGCUCGUGUCGUGGCUUUCUCAAAACCACGUGUGCUUCGGCGACGGGCCCCGGUGGAGCGCAAUUUGCGUCUCUGUCGGCGUCGGCGGCUGGAUUAGGGAGCUCAUGGACAGGGACGCUCGCGCGGAGGAAGAGGCUUUUCCCGAAUCGACCGAAACGCCAUCUUGA